ACUACCAUAGUGUCGCCAUUCGAAGAGAGUUUCAAGAACUAUCCCGUCAUGAGAAUGGUCCUUUCUUUCGGUGAUAUUUGCCAGACGGUAGUCGCCAUGAAGCGGGUGACUGGGGUCGGUCUUUCAGCUAUAAAACCAGCUUCAUCCAGCCUGGUUGAGACUCCAGUCGAGUUAGACCCUGCAAACCCCAAAAGUUCCCUGCAAACAUGUACUGGAAAUCCAUCGUCGCUCUUUGUGCCAUUGCUGCUGCCAGCGCCAGCCCAGUACGUCUACUCACUUUUCAUCAUUGCCACUAUUGUGACCGUUGUCCUUGAUAGCUCGAGAAGAGGCAAGCCCCAAGUGGAAGCUUCUCUCGUCCUCCGCCUCCCAGCGGUGUUCCAAGUGGCCUCCCUCCUAGUGGAGGUCCCCCAAGCGGAGUUCCCCCCAGCUUCACGUUCUCUGUUCCAACGUUCACUGGCUCUCCCCCACCCAGGCCAACUUUCUCUGGCUCGCUCCCUCCAGCAAGCUCCCAGUGGAAGCUUCUCUCGCCCCCCGCCCCCAAGUGGUAUUCCAAGUGGCCUCCCUCCAAGUGGCGUGCCCCCAAGCGGUGUUCCUCCCAGCUUCACUCGUCCAGUCCCUACUGGCUCAUUCUCUCGCCCACCCCUCGUACGUAACCAGGCUAAAUUGGGAUGA